AGACAGUAUACCACCAUAUAAAGACAAUCAAAUUUACCAGUUGUCAUAGAAACGUGCCUUACGUGUCCGAAAGGAAACCACAGAAUGAAGUACACAAUACUUGCGGUUUUGAUUGCCUCAGUGCUUUCGCAGUAUCAUCAUCAUGAUAUGGCAUUGAUUAUAGACGGUACAUUCAAAUAUGUUGACACCAACCCAUUAGAUGGUCUGCUAGAAAAAGAGGAACUCUCUAGAGCUUUUGAGAAUCUAGACGCUAACGCUGAUGGACAGCUCACCUUUGUUGAAUAUACAAAAUACACCAAUUCUGAGAGCCAACUUCAACACGAUCUAUUUAACCACUUUGAUACAAACAAAGACGGUGCCCUACAGAGAUCAGAAUAUGUCGAUACAAUCUUCAGCCAAAUGGACCACAAUGGUGACAGUCAAGUGACGAGAACCGAUUAUGAUCAUUUCUUUACUCAUGUCAUACAACAACUGAUGCACCAUCAUGGACACAAUGGCCGUUAAACCUUUUAUCUUCUUCAUACAAUAUUACACACUUUAACAAUUAAACAAUAUAAUUGUGUCA